AAGAUUCUUCACUCAAAAAGUCUUUUCUUCUUCUGCUUGGUAACUAUUAGUUGUCGACCAUGGCGGAUCAGGCUCCUUAUCCUUCUGUGCGUUUGAAUAUAGGCCAGGGAAACCAAACAAAUUCAGGCACCGGAAAUUCCCAAAGAAGUCCACAGCAUUCAAAAUAUGAAAAUCAUGGAGCUAAGGGCAUUUGGAGGCUUACAUUUUGGGCAAUUGGAAUUUUAUUGGAUCCAUUAGUGCUCUAUACUUUUUUUGUGGGUGAUGAUAGAAAGUGGGUUCUAGUGGACAAAAAAUUUGGGAUGACAAUUUUUGUUGUUCACACAGUAGUUGAUAUCAUUAAUGUAAUACUUUACAUGAAAUUAGAGCUGCGUGAUGAUUUACAAAAAGCAAAAGGUGCAGGGAUACAUCACACAUGUUGGUCUAUAGUAUGCAUGUUUCCGUUCUCAGUGGUGAUGCUUAUUCUCAUUCCUAUAACAAAAACCCGCGUAGUUUUGCACGGAGUAAUAAUGACUUUUCUAUUGCAAACUCUUCCAAGAGUAGUUCGAUUGUUUAUAUUGUCUGCAGAAGCGAUUCCUCCAUCAGCAACCUUAGGCCUAUGGCUGCUUAAGUUCUUUUAUUUAUACGUGUGUUCGGGUCAAGGGAUUGGAGCCUUGUGGUAUCUCCUAGCCAUAGACACAGAGACCAGAUGUUGGGCGAAAGCGUGCGGGACUCACAAUUAUGACCGCUUCUUACGUUGUAAUGAAAGUUUAGAAGCGUACAAAAUUAUGAAUGAUUUUUGUUCAAGAAAUACAACCGAGUAUGAUUUUGGAGUAUUCCGUGAUGCCCAUCAGUCUGGAAUUCUGGAGAUGAGAGGUUUUGCGAUCAAGAUUUUAUAUUGUUUUCAAUGGGCCAUGCAAAAUAUCAGUGGUUUUGGUUCGAACAUUGAAGCUGUGGGUACUGAUGUACUUGGAAACUUCUUUGUACUUAUCAUAAUUUACACGGCAGUGAUUUUGUUUUACUUUCUUCUCGGACAAAUGCAGGUAUAUCUGCAGUCGAACACGAAAAAAUUAAAGAAGGGAGAAGAGAAGUUGCGAGAGACAAAGCAAUCGACGCACUUCAAAAAGCUGUCUAAGGAUCUCCAAACUGAAGUGAUAAGUGAAAAGCGCAAGGAAAGUGAAACAGGGGACACUGAAGGUGCUAAUAUAGAAAAUUUGUUCGAUGAUCUUUCCGAGGAUCUUAGAAAUGACAUGACUAAAGAAUUCUGCGUAGAACUGCUAAAACAAGUGGAAGAGUUCCAGAAUUGGAAUGAUGCUUCAUUGGAUGACCUUUGUGCUUAUCUGAAGCCAGUUUUCUUUAGUGAGCAGACUUGCAUUAUCCGGGAGAACGACCCAAUUCAUAAGAUGAUCUUUGUGGUUCAAGGCAAGCUGUGGAUCUACACCUCCGAUUCCAAUGAGGAUUCAACAAAUGACUCUUCGAACACAGUGCUUGACAGACAAAGAAAUGAUCCUCUUAAGGAAGUGGUCUUCUGUGGAGAAGAACUUCUGAAUCGGCUUCGGACUAACCCGUCCACAUCAAAGCUCCCCGUCUCAAAACGAACUAUUCAAGCGCUGACAAACGUUGAUGCCUUUGCUCUUAUGGCCUAUGACUUGAAAAAUAUAUUGAUUAAUCGUCGAUCGUGAGCAAUGAAUGGCUGCUCAGGGAGUGAACACAAGCAACACAAUGGAUUGGUCAGAUAGUUUCGUUGUUUGGUUUAUAAUAUAAUCGUGGUUCGUGCUAUAGGCCAGAGAUAUAUC